GUAGGGUUUAGUCGAAACGGUACUAGUUCUACCCUGGUGCCUUAAUUUAUCUACUAGAGGCCUCUUUGCCUCACGACAGAGUAACGAUUGUUCUCAAUUAUUAGAGUCGUGUUUGUUUGCUGAACCUGUUGGAAAUGGCUUCUCUUUCGGCUCUUCCUCACGAACUGCUCCUUCAAGUUUCCAAGCAACUCGAACUAAUUGAUAAAGUCCGCUUGAGCGCAACUUGCAAACAAUAUCGAACUCAAUUUAUACCAGAAAUCUUUAAGACAAUAUAUUUCUCUAACAGUACGGCAUCAGCAAGAUCUGCCCAUGCGGCCGUCAAAGCUCAUGGCGACCAUACAUCACGGAUUGAGUUCACAGGCCACUCCGACUCCGGCGAUCUACUCACAGCAAUGUCUCUACCACACUCCGCAUCUUACCUCCUAGAAGGCCAUUUCACACCAAAUCUACAUACGGUCCGGCUCAGAUUUGAUUUUGACUUCGAUGACGGUGAAUACUGGGAGAGCAAUAUGAAUGGCGGCGGGUCUAUUGAUCUGUUUGAGGAGAUUGAGACCGAAGACUUCGUCCGAGAGGAAGAAGAGGCAUGGGAAUGGCGUGCGCUUAUGAGGGAGACUUGGCAGUCGCUUUCAGCUGCUGAUUAUGUGAGGGAGCUUAUUCUCGACGACUUUAUCCCCAAGUGGACAUCUACAUUUGACACCGAGAUGUUCCGCCAAUUUCUUUCCCAGCUCGAAUCUGCUACCUUUAACAUCCUCGGGAUGGAUAACGGCGCGGGUUGGAUGACAAAUACGCAAGACGGCUAUACUGAGUUUCUUCGUAACUUGGAUACCUCGUUUCUCCACCACAUGAGCGGGCUGAAACACCUUCAUAUCAACGCAGGGGACCCCCUUGGUCUUGAUGGGUAUCGCUAUGUCGCACUUGCGCUGAAGCCUGAUGACCUCCCGGUUUUACAGACUCUGAAAUUGGAGAACUGCUUCGUUGGCCCGGAGCUGGUCUGGUUUGUGCAUAGCCACGCCCAGGUCCUUAGAUCUCUCGACGUAAAGGAAUGCUUUAGUGCAGGAGACGGGGGCGGCAUGGCGGAUAAUCCUCUAUAUUGGGCCCAGUUCUUUGAUUUCAUAUACGAGGCGAAGCCCGCGCUUACCGAGUUCGUUGCGGGGGGUGAUGAGGUAUUCCUUGCGUAUGAUGACGAGCCUGAUACCAAGAAGGUUCGAGAUGUCCGGCGGAAGUUGAAGGAUAACCCUGGGCUGAAGUUGUUCGGAUACGGAUAUUUGAGCGAUAAGUAUGGAUCGUUACAUUAUAAUGUCGAGGAGAACGUUCGGCAGUUCAUCGAUGGUGCUGAUCAGAGGGCGUACGAUCGUCUCAUGGGGCUUGUAAAGGAAAACGCUGCACAGAUGGGCAAUGAGCAUGGGCACACGGCGUGAACGUCGGGAUAUUUCUCUUAACAAAUAUCUCUCGAUCUUAACAAGGGGUUAUAUUGUUCUUCUUCUAUGACUAUAUUAUAGUUAAAUAUGAGUGGACACUAUCACAUCCGCAGUGUUAUUCAAGGGAAAAUUACGCUCUUAAUUAUAGCUCUAGGUAGUCUUUUAAAUAAAUUUGAAUGAGGUAGUGACUGGAAUUGCCGUUGAG